AUGGCCUUAUUCGAGGAGAUAUCUGGCUCGUUCGCGAGAGAAACAAACAUGCUAUGUGAGGCCAUAUCCACCACAAUGAAGGAUGUGAGGACAUUCAUGGAGGACGACGACUCGUGGGCUAUUGAGAUUCCGCGAGGAGGAGGCGAGGUUCACAAGAACACCCGGUUGAUGGUGGGUUACAUCGCGUCCAUGACGGACACAUUGGUGUCGACGCGCGACUUUGCACCAAGCCACAGCACUGGAAAUCUUAGUGGCCUAGUAGAUGACACAGUCAAAUAUUUGAAUGAUUUGCUCCAGAGAAAAUCGGAGCUGUGCUUGGAUCUAAGCCUGAGGUACCUAUUCCUGCAAAACAAUUCCUAUUUCGUAGCCACCAGGGACAUUGGUCAUGGAGACUCUGAACACCACCAGGGACUUGAACUCACACCUGAAUGCAAAAACCACAUGGAUAGUUAUCUCGGUGUUUCGUGGGCUCAUGUGAUCUCCUCCGUAUCGAAAUCGAAUCCUUCUGGACCGCUGCGUCGCUGGUUGACCAACACCUCUUCGCUGGCUAAAUUCGAGUCAGCGUUUCAUAAAACCUACCAAGCCCAGAAGAUCUGGAAGGUUCCAGACCCUCGGCUCAGAGAUGCGCUACGGAGGGCUAUCAUCGAGAGAGCCAUCUCAAGUUACAACGACCAUCUGAAGAAGCAUCCUGAGCUAGCGGAGCACGCUAGCCGCGGAAACAGCACUCCCGCCGUCUUGGAAGAGAUGUUGGGACAGCUAUUUGAAGGCUGA